AGGACGACAACAUGGCGGCUUCCUUGCGUCUGGGUCGCCAAGGAAUUUUAUUUGGCCUCAGAUUUUCUAACUUAAAUAAAUGUUUGUGGGCAACAAACCCAUGGCAGGAGCACGUCCGACAUUUCUUUCCAUCACCAUGGUUCCUCGGUGUCAGCCCACUCAAAGUGCAAAUGCCUGCUCUCUCCCCCACCAUGGAGGAGGGAAACAUCGUCAAAUGGCUGAAGAAAGAAGGUGAGGCAGUGGCUGCAGGUGAUGCCCUUUGUGAGAUUGAGACUGACAAAGCUGUCGUUACCAUGGAAUCUAAUGACGAUGGCGUCUUGGCAAAGAUCUUGAUGGAGGAGGGCAGUCGCAACGUGCGCCUGGGUACUCUCAUUGCUCUCAUGGUGGAGGAAGACCAGGACUGGAAGCAGGUUGAGAUCCCACCUCCAGAUGCUCCAGCUCCAUCUGCACCUGCACCUGCUAUGCAAGUAGCCACUGCCCCAGUGGUGUCCCCGGCUGCUUCCUCUCCACCUCCAACAAUACCAGCCACAUCAGGACCCUUACGCCUGAGUCCAGCAGCAAGACACAUCCUGGACACCCAUGGUAUAGACCCAAAACUUGCCACACCCACUGGACCAAGAGGACUCAUCACAAAGGAAGAUGCAUUGAAUCUUUUGAAAAUGUCUCCUGCACCCAAAGCAACACCAGCUGUGGCUGCCCCAUCUGCACCGAGUCCUUCUCCCUCCCUGGCAGCUACACCUCCGCCCCCAGGCAGCAGACCAAACAUCCCCCCACUGUCUGUACCAGGGAAGCCAGGAGCACCAGGUACUUUCACGGAAAUCCCAGCAACAAAUGUCCGCCGCGUGAUCGCUCAAAGAUUGAUACAAUCCAAAACCACAAUCCCCCAUGCGUAUGCCUCCGUUGACUGUGACAUGGCCGGCGUCAUGCAGCUCCGCAAACACUUGGCCAAAGAACAAAUCAAAGUGUCUGUUAAUGACUUCAUUAUCAAGGCAGCUGCUGUGACGCUUAAAGAGAUGCCAGAAGUAAAUGUGACUUGGUCUGGUGAUGGACCCCGUGCACUCGAUUCGAUCCACAUUUCAGUCGCUGUGGCCACUGACAAAGGCCUCAUCACUCCGAUCAUCAAGGAUGCUGCAAACAAAGGAGUGCAGGAGAUCUCCGCUAAUGCUAAGGCACUGGCCCAGAAGGCUCGAGCUGGAAAACUUUUACCUGAGGAAUACCAAGGAGGCUCAUUCAGCAUAUCUAACCUGGGGAUGUUCGGAAUCAGCGGCUUCAGCGCCGUCAUCAACCCUCCUCAGGCGUGUAUCCUUGCCAUCGGGACAUCCCGGCCAGAGCUGCGGCUGAGCGAGGAUGACCAGACCCUGCGCACCCAGCAGCUUAUGACCGUUACGUUAUCCAGCGAUGGACGACUCGUGGAUGACGAACUGGCCUCGCGGUUUCUUGACAAAUUCCGCGCCAACCUCGAACAACCACGGCGCAUGAUUCUAGCCUGAAAAUUAGAUAGAAAAGACGCUAAGGCACAGUAAAGGCUGCCUCAUGUUUUCACAGCGAGGUUCCCGUUUAUUUUUGGUUCAGCGUUACAAAUUAAUUGUGUCAACUUCAGUUUGUGUAUUAACUUCAGCUUGUAGUUUGCUGCUCAGACGUAAUUAACAAGCCUUUUUGUCUGAGGAGUUAAAAUUGGCUCUUGCCAGAAUGAUACAGGAUUCUCUCCCAGGGCUGCCAAAUAUUCCCAAGACAGCUCUUACAAAGCAGGAAGUCCACAUACUAAAAUAGGGACGAUCGUUCAUCCACACCAGUGUUGUGUGUGCGUGUGUGUUUAUAUUUAAAGUGGAAUCUCCAGUACUGGUGCAUCUACUCUGUUGUAUUAUUAAUACACAUACAAUAGAAUGUGGGGUUGUAAAACCUUCUGUGUACAUUAAUUACGAAACAUAUUGCAGCGUAGUGCCCAUUAAGGGUAAACUAUUAUACAGUUUCCAGUUGUUACAAAUUUCAAAACAAAAUCUAAGCACUUGUUCAUGUUAAUAUAUUUUAACUUAUUUAAAAACAGAUGCUGUGACAUGCCAUGAAACUGAUCCUUCAAGUCCAUAUAUUUUGUAAACGCAGCUAUUCAGGUUUUGGUGACUGUAGAUGCCAAUAAAACACUGUUCAGCCCUCA